GGAAGUUACAGCCGACCUGCAAGUGUUCACGAGCACGGCAGGCGUAAACCGGCAAAGACGAGACCGGGGGAAGAAGAGGGGCCAGUGAACAGCGAGUGAGCCGACGAUCCAUGGACUGAAACAUAUUAAUUUCGUCACUCCGAGCAUCGUCGUAGCAAUACCCUGACGUUUAAGAGCUGAAGCCCCUCGGCUGCUUUCGAGGAAGUUAUUGUUUUGGCUGUUCGCUCUCGGAGCCACAUAUUUAAGCGAGCCCAGUGUGUGCGAAGAGGAGUGUGUGCCUGGUGUGUGAGCAGCUCUCCCUAUGUGUGUGACAAUGGGGGACAUCAGUGACCUGGACCGACAGAUAGAGCAGCUCAGACGCUGUGAGCUCAUCAAGGAAAAUGAAGUCAAAGCACUGUGUGCCAAAGCUAGAGAGAUUUUGGUUGAAGAAAGCAAUGUCCAGAGAGUAGAUUCUCCUGUUACGGUUUGUGGAGAUAUACACGGUCAGUUCUAUGACUUGAAAGAACUUUUUAGAGUGGGAGGAGAUGUCCCGGAGACAAAUUAUCUGUUCAUGGGUGACUUUGUGGACAGAGGCUUCUACAGUGUGGAGACUUUUCUUCUGUUGCUAGCUCUUAAGGUACGCUAUCCGGACCGGAUUACCUUGAUCCGGGGAAACCACGAGUCCCGGCAGAUCACCCAGGUCUACGGCUUCUAUGACGAGUGCCUCCGCAAAUAUGGCUCAGUCACUGUCUGGCGAUACUGCACAGAGAUUUUCGACUACCUGUCUCUCUCUGCUAUUAUCGAUGGCAAGAUCUUCUGUGUGCACGGGGGCUUGUCUCCCUCCAUCCAGACACUGGACCAGAUCCGGACCAUUGAUAGAAAACAGGAAGUGCCCCAUGAUGGACCAAUGUGUGACCUCCUGUGGUCAGACCCUGAAGACACCACAGGCUGGGGGGUGAGUCCUAGAGGUGCCGGCUACUUAUUUGGGAGUGACGUAGUGGCUCAGUUCAAUGCCGCCAACGACAUCCACAUGAUCUGUCGAGCUCAUCAGCUAGUUAUGGAAGGCUACAAGUGGCACUUCAAUGAGACGGUGCUCACUGUGUGGUCAGCACCCAACUACUGCUACAGAUGUGGCAAUGUGGCAGCCAUCUUGGAGUUGGAUGAGCAUCUACAGCGGGAGUUCAUUAUAUUUGAAGCAGCACCACAAGAGACCAGAGGCAUACCCUCCAAGAAACCAGUAGCCGACUAUUUCCUGUGAAGUCUUUGAGCAGACAGCCAUGACACAUCCAGAUUUCCAGUACCGUUUCACAUCAGCUGCCCUCAAUCCUGCCGCUGGACCGUUCUGUCAGUGUGAACUCAAAGCAGUGAGACAGAAAACCUGCCAAACCCUGCCAAGCUCCUGCACAGCUUCAGCUUGAAGAGCUGGAUUUUUUGCCCUGCUGCCCAAGCCUGACAGAGCAGUCACUGUGGAAGGUGUAAGGGCGAGGUGGUUAAUGGGCCCAUGACUGUUGUCAUUUCUCUUCAGCUACAUAAAGAUGGCCAUUUCUUUCUGCUCUCCUUCCAUUUCCAUUUGUUCUCAUCCUCCUCACUCAAUGUAGAUAUGAAUUUCUCCUUUCCUGGCUCAACUUUCACUACAAUUGUAGUAGUUGGUUUUUCUUUUUUGUCCCCCUGCUGUGACAGACACUGUCAUUUAGUUUUAGAAGUAUUUGGAAGGAGUGCUGUUUUUUUUUUUUUUCUUUUCCUUUUUCAUGAUUUUUCUAAAGUAUGCAGCCGUAGGAAGCUUCAGUUUUAUCAUUUUAGAAAUUCCUUCAAUGCAUAUGUUGUCUCUGUUUUUGAUUUUUGUAUAAUUGUUGCUGCCAGGAUUAAACAAAAUGCCCUCUCUUCUCUUUAUUUGCCGUUUAACUGUCUCCCACCACAUGUGCUCCUUUUAACAAGAGCUUCCCAAGAGCUCCACACCCUCACAUCUUAACACCAGAGAUGUAACGACUCCCAACACGAGUCUUGUAUUAACCAUUGUCCUCUCUUGAUUUCUUUUAAUCUACACUUCUCUGUAGGUGUGUCAAUUUUGAUAUUGUGAAAAUAAAGGUUUUGUAUCUAUGCUGAUAUAUCAA